CAUCCAGUUUUCAUUAUACACUUGAACAGGUGAUACGAAACAACACAGCGAACACACUUCUCUGAUAUACGCUAUGAAUCUUCCUUCUUUCUCUACUACUCUACACAUAUCAACUGGAUCUUCACAAAUGUCUUCAAAGAUGAUAACAAUGAGCAGAAUAACUUCAUCAUCAUCGUCUCCACCGCCGGUGAAGACAUCAAUAACGUCGCAGCCGACUUCGUUACCGAUCCGUACAGUCCCCGGCAGCUACGGAUUGCCGUUGAUUGGACCGUUCAUUGACCGGCUUAACUACGCCUGGUUUCAAGGCUCCGAAGAUUUUUUCCGGAAGAGGAUUGAGAAGAAUCAGAGCACGGUGUUCCGGACGAAUGUUCCGCCGUCGUUCCCGUUUUUUCUCGCUAAUCCGAACGUCGUUGCGGUGCUAGAUUGCAAAUCCUUUGCUCAUAUGUUUGAUAUGGAACUCGUGGAGAAGAAGGACAUUCUCGUCGGUGAUUUCAUGCCUAGCACUAAAUUCACCGGAGAUCGGCGUGUUUGUGCUUAUCUAGAUACAGCUGAGCCUCAACAUGAACAGAUAAAAAACUUCACAAUGGACAUACUCAAACGAAGCUCCACCAUAUGGAUCCCAACCCUAACAACGUUACUAGACACCAUGUUUGACACCAUCGAAUCCCAACUACCCUCCGGUCCAGUCAACUACCUCAUACCAAUCCAAAAAUUCAACUUCUCCUUCUUAUCGCGUGUCAUCGCCGGAGCCAAUCCGGAAAACUCACCGGACAUCGCCGCCAACGGUUACAUCCGAAUGGACCGGUGGCUCGCAGUUCAACUCCUCCCAACCGUCCCAAUCACCGCCUUCCAACCGCUAGUAGAAAUCUUCCUCCAUUCCUUCCCUUACCCUCACUUCCUUGUAAGCAACGACUACAAUAAACUCUACGGAUUCAUCGAGAAAGAGGGCAAAGACGUCAUUUCACGUGGCCAAACCGACUUUAACCUAACCAAAGAAGACGCAAUUCAUAAUCUCUUAUUCACCCUCGGCUUCAAUGCCUUCGGCGGCUUCUCGAUAUUUUUACCGAGUCUUUUAUCUGCGUUAGGAUCCGCAGACCAGCGGAUCCAGGAAAAUCUCCGACAGGAAGUCAGAGAAAAAACCGGAUCCGGAGAAUCUGGAUCCGGUUUAACUUUCAGGGCCGUAAACGAAAUGGAGCUGGUCCAGUCUUUCGUUUACGAAACCCUGAGACUUAACCCGCCCGUACCGUUACAGUACGGGCGGGCAAGGAAGGACUUCAACCUCUCUUCCCAUGACUCAACUUUUAAUAUCAAAAAAGGUGAACUACUUUGUGGGUUCCAACCUUUGGUGAUGAAAGACCCGAAAAUAUUUGAUGACCCGGAGAGUUUUAUUGUGGAUCGGUUUAUGAACGAGGGGAAAGAGUUGUUGACUUAUUUGUAUUGGUCAAACGGGCCACAGAACGGGACCCCGGGUGCUUCGAACAAGCAGUGUGCGGGAAAAGACUUUGUUACCCUUACGGCGUCGAUGUUUCUCGCACACUUGCUUAUGCGGUAUGAUUCGGUUACGAUCGCGGAUGGUUCAUUUUCGGUCCUUGAAAAAGCAAAGCAAUGAGUAUAAAAAGUUAUAAGUGCUUUUAAGAGUUUUUUUUUAAAUGUAUGCUUUUAAAGAAGUUAAAUAUGUAUAUGGAUGUUGUAA